AUGUUCUAUUAUCCCAAUGUGCUUCAGCGCCACACCGGCUGCUUCGCCACCAUCUGGCUGGCAGCGACGCGGGGCUGCCGGUUGGUGAAGCGCGAAUACCUGAAGGUGAAUGUGGUGAAGACCUGCGAGGAAAUCCUGAAUUACGUGCUGGUGCGAGUUCAGCCCCCGCUGCCGGGCGCACCGCGGCCCCGCUUCUCGCUCUACCUCUCAGCGCAGCUCCAGAUUGGCGUCAUCCGCGUCUACUCUCAACAAUGCCAGUACCUUGUAGAAGACAUCCAGCACAUCCUGGAGCGCCUGCACCGGGCACAGCUGCAGAUCCGCAUUGAUAUGGUGGAGACUGACCUACCCAGCCUGCUGCUGCCUGACCACCUGGCCAGGAUGGAGACUCUGGAAGAUGCUCCAGACCCCUUUUUUGGGAUGAUGUCUGUGGAUCCCAUGCUGCCUGACCCCUUUGAUAUCCCUCAGGUUCGACACCUUCUAGAGGCCGUGACCCUAGAGAGAGUUCCUGAAGAGAUCCCUCCUGAAGUCCCCGCAGAGCCUCGGGAGCCAGAAAGGAUUCGGGUCAUUCCCGAAGCCAUCACGAUCCAGGAGGCGGAGCCCAUACGUAUGCUGCGGAUCGAGGGUGAACUGGAACUCCCAGAAGUCAGCCGCCGAGUCUUGGACCUGCUGAUUGCUGAGGAGGAUGAAGCCAUCUUGUUAGAGGAACGUCGGCUAGGUAGGACCCACCUGGCGGUGGACGAAUUGAGAGAGGAGCCCCGGGCCCCAGAGGAGGAGAUCACAGUUCCCCCACCCUCACCUUCAGCUCUUGUAGGGGUGGAGGAGGCAGCAGAGCCACUUCCCAGCCAGGUCCUGGCCCCGGAGGAGCUGAAGCCGGUAGGCUGGGAGCCAGAGGUCCCACUUCCUGAGGUGACGCCCCCGCCGGAGCUGCGUCUGCCACCCGUCCCAGUCAGCCCUGAGUGGAGGAGGCCCCCAGUCUCCCCACCUCCCAGGGGCCCACCAGCUCGCCGUCGCCGCCGCCAGUUACUAUUUUGGGACAAAGAGACUCAGAUCUCCCGGAAGGAAUUCCAGGAACAACUGCAAACCAGAGCCCACUGCAGGGAGUGUCCAAUGGUGCAGCCUCCUGAGAGGAUGAUCAGGACCCCUGUGGAGCUGUUCCGAAACCCGACUUACUCUGGCUGGCUACCCCCAGAACUGCUGGCUUUCUGGACCCACUGUGCCCAGCCACCUCCAAGGGCACUAAGGCGAAGGCUGCCUGAGGAGCUAGAGGAGGCUGAGAGGGAGGCAGCGGCUGAGGAGGAAAGGAGAAAGGCUGAGACUCCGAGCGAUAUUGAGGUCCUGAGGGAGGCCCUGGAGCCCAGUGGGCCCCUCAUGGUAUCUUCUGAACUCUCCCUGGAAGUAGCUGAGGAGGAGAAGUCCCGCAUCAGCCUCGUGCCCCCGGAAGAGCGGUGGGCCUGGGUGGAGGCAGAGCAGCCAGAGGCCCCUGCGCUGCCUGUGGUGCCUGAGCUCCCUGAGGUGCCCGUGGAGCUGCCUGAGGAGCUGCCCCCAGAGCCCGAGCUGCUCUCCCUGGAGGCUGUGCACAGGGCAGUGGCGCGGGAGAUGCAGGCCGACAGGGAGCCCGACUUCAGCAGCCUGGUGCCACCUCUCAGCCCCCGCAGGAUGGCCGCUCGCGUCUUCUACCUGCUCCUAGUGCUUGCCGCGCAGCAGAUCCUUCGUGUGAAACAAGAGGAGCCAUAUGGGCGCCUCCUGAUCCAGCCAGGGCCCCGAUUCCACGACAGUUAA